AUGUUCUGGUCUUUCUGCAACAAAACCAAAGUGGGAAUAUGGCCUUCUCUUGUUCUGUUCCUUCUUCCUAGAGACUCUUGCUCUCAAUCAUCCGUCCCCUAUGUUGCUUACAAGUUAUUGACGGCGCAACAAAUUUCCGACACUCUGACGAGUUGGCAGGUGGAAUAUCCCAACUUUGUGACAACGCAUACGAGUCAAGAAGAAUUUGGAUUACCUGCUGCAGGUUUCUCCUACGAUUGUCCCUUUGAUCCCCAAGUCGACGGUUGUCUCAACUACUACGCCGUAGUACAAGACUAUGUGGCCCAUCCACCGGGAUCUACCAGCAGCAAUCGACUUCCUACCAUGUUGCUCAGUGGAGAACUCCAUGGCAAUGAACGGGUCGGACCGACCGCCGUCAUGGAAGCCACGAGAAUUCUCCUCGAAGCGGCGGCGUGUCAAGCAUUGCCACGGUUUACUCAUAAUAAUGACACGCAAUGGGAAUUGGACUCUGCCAAAGCAGUGGCGUGUCAAGGUCGACUCUCCGAUCGAUACGGCAUGUCCGAUAUCCAACAACAAUGGCUGGCACGAUUGGUCAGUACAAGGCGGAUCAUUGUCGUCCCCACGGCCAAUGCGUUGGGGUAUUAUCGCAAUGCGCGAGAAGAAGGAAAUGUCGAUCCCAACCGUGAUUUUCCCUAUGAUCAUUUACCAUCCGAUACGGAUGAAUGUAUGCGCACCAUUGCGGCACGGACCAUGAAUGAACUUUUUCGGCAUUAUAUGAUUAGCAACAGUUUUACAUUUCACGGUGGCACCGAGUUACUGGGAUAUGAGUGGGGCAAUCCGACCCAUUUUGGAUACGUGUCACCCGAUGAUAUUGCCCAAGAUCAAUUGGCACGAUCGUACAGUGUCUACGGUGGGAGCUUUCAGGGGAACAAUGGUCGAUAUCAUCCCAAUUACUUGUACGGGGAUAUGAAUUCCAUCAUUUACUAUGUCCGAGGAGGAUUCGAGGAUUAUGCCUAUGCGGGGAGUUGGGACAAUACCAACAUGGUCGUCUGCAAUCCCAACACAUAUGGUGGAUAUCCAGCGGAAAAGACUACCUAUGAUGCCGGGAUGCUUCGUUCCUUCAACAUGUUGGCAGAAACCAGUUGGGUCAAAUCACCCAAUGACAAUGAUUUGGGAACGUCACUAAAUGUCUUGUACGAAAACAGUGACUCUGGCAACACCAAGAAGCGACAAAGAAGAAGAACCCAAAUUGGAGAUGAUGACUUUUAUCCCUCGGCGUCGGCACGGCUAGAAGCCAAUGAACGCAUGGCACAGGGGCAUAUUCCACGCAAUAUACGUCUCUCCAUUGCCGCUAUUGAAAUGAUCCACCCCUAUGUACGCAUCACAGCUGUCGAUGGCUUGGAAUUGCCCGAUGAUAUUGUGCCAUUGGCAUCUCGUGGGUACAGUGACCAUCCGGCUUGCAACAAUCGUGCUUUGGUAUUGGAUGCUCAAGAACGAUUAUUGGAACAAGCCGUCAAGACGGGAGCACUCCCCGUCAUGGAGAUCCCACUGGCGGACACUGGUGGCCUCCUCGAUCUGCAGUGGACCGUGGGAGGUGCCAUGACAAUUGAUCAAACACAGUUAUGGGUAGCUGCUAUCGAUGAUAGUGCUGUAGCGGCGAAUGAUGCAACUGCCUGGUUGCAAGACUACAUUUGUGGAGAUCCUUUGAACGAAGUCAUGUCCCUGUCCCAGCGACUGGAGCCAAAUGCCAUCAAAGCAGCGUUUACCGCCGUGGGCACACCACAACAGGGCACUGGAUUCUUCUCGGCAUUUGGGCCUCGACCAAUCCCACUGGAUGACACAAUGGGACCCGUCUUUCAUUCUAUAUUGGAUUUGGCUUCUUUGAACGUGAAUGCGGAAACGACACUCGUCGUUUUGGCCAGUGCUCAAGUCGAUAGUUCCUGGACACAGCUGCCAGUCAACACGCCAGUGGCACCAUCGAACACGGGACCACAGUCUCACAUGGUCCAGGUCAGGACCAAUGCGAAUUGGAAACAUGUCAAUAGCCAGGGCUAUGUUGUUCAAGGACAAACCGAAUUCUUCACGGAACCUAUUCUGAUACGAUUGUUGGAUAGCGGCAGUAGCGUGACAGCGGCAACACUGGUCAACGACCGAUUCCAAAAGCCAUCGGAACGACCAGGUCUCAGUACCACGGUCCCGGACAACACGGUGACAGGGAGCGGUAGCGGUAGUGGCAUCAGCGUUGGUGGUGUCAGUGUAAACAUUGUACAGGUGGAAGACAUUACAGAAGCCCCAACCCUCCAAACGGAAGCGCCUACGUUCGAUGGAUCCGUCGAGGCAACCAUGGAGGCAACGAUGCUCCCAGAAACCCUUCUUCCCACCGCCCUCAUGAAGAAACAAGAGAAAGCAAUGCCAGAACCUUCCCAAUCCGCAGCUGAUAUUGAACGAAGUAGCAGUAGACUGAGAAAACCUUCGGACAAACCUGGUCAAGGAGGACAGAGAAGACGGGAGCAGCAAACCCCACAGCAACAGCACGCUGUGAAAAGAGGGAGAUCUAGAGCAGUCAGGGGGGAGCAACCUCUUCAGGAGAGACCAUAG